UUAUCGUUGGACUGACGGACCCAGGCGCCAGCCAGUCUCUCCACAGUGUGGGCGAGGGCGGGGCGGUGCAGAGUAGGGGGCAUUCGCUCGGCGCCAGGAAGGAGACAGCAAGAGGGAAAGGCAGCAUUUGUCGAACUUGUCAAUAACGGAGGACUGGAAGGAAGAUAGAGCAGAGAGGUGGGGCCUGGCCCUCACUGGCGGUGGCGACGUCUGCGCGCGGAUUUCGUCGCGUCGCUUCUGUUCGCGCGUGUCCUUCUAGUGGGUGCCAUGGAGUCGGGGCUGAUCCCGCAUCUAGCGUCGCGACUGGGCAUCGCCGAGCCCAGAGUGCUGAGGAAAGCAGAGGAGUACUUGCGACUGUCCCAGGUGAAGUGUACUGGCCUGUCGGCACACACCACAGAGACCAGCAGUGCGGUCAUGUGCCUGGACCUUGCAGCCUCCUGUAUGAAGUGUCCUCUGGAUAGGGCUUAUUCAACUAAACUUUCUGGUUUGAACAAGAAGAUAUAUCAGAGCUGUCUUAAGUCUCUGGAGUGUUUACUGGGCCUGAAUUCUAAUAUCGGAAUAAGAGACCUAGCUGUGCAGUUUAGCUGCACUGAAGCAGUGAACAUGGCUGCAGAGUUACUACAAAGCUACGAGUCCCAUCUGCCACAAACACAGCAAGUGGAUCUUGACUUAUCCAGGCCACUUUUCACCACGGCUGCCCUGCUUUCCGCGUGCAAGAUUUUAAAGCUAAAAGUGGACAGAAAUAAAAUGGUAGCCACAUCUGGUGUUAAAAAAGCCAUAUUUGAUCGACUAUGUAAACAAUUAGAGAAGAUCGGGCAGCAGAUGAACAGAGAGCCUCGAGAUUCAGCUAGUCCACCCCGGAAGAAAAAGAAGACAGUGACUGAACGUCCAGCAAAGGAAGUAGAGAAGGCAGUCGAGGUCCCACAGAAACCGCAAGAAGAUGAAGAUCUGAUGCAGGAUUAUGAAGAGUGGAAAAGGAAAAUUCUGGAAAAUGCUGCCAAAGCACAACAGGCCACCACAGAGUGACUCCAGCUUCCAGACCACUGGGUGCUACAGACCGACAGUGCAUCCGCCACCUCGGCUUUGGAAUCGUAUUUGGAUUUUUCUAGCUGCUGCCUCAGUAGUGAGGAAGCCGCUCGGGGGCCGAGUUCUGGGCAGCAGACUGGCCCCGACUGGCUCAGCACAAUGCCUGCUUGGCAUCGGCUUGGCUCCCCACAGCUCUGCACUCCUGCAGAACAGGAUCGGAGCCAUUUCACUCUUACGUUUUAAGCAAAAGAGGUCUCGUAUCCCAUCCAGGCUGUCCUGUCCUGUGAAGUUCAGGCUGAACGGAGUCGCAGAGGUUUUACUUAAGUUUCUUGGUUUGGCUAAAUCAAUUAUGUACAACUUAAGUU